AUGGCCGGAAACCAGGCGGUGUCCCUCAACCCCCCAGACGCCGUAGAGCACCUCACUACCCAAGCCUCUGACUGGCUGUGGGCGGCGUUCUCUAUUAUGGCGUUUUCUCUGCUCACUGCUGCGGUCUUCACUCUAAUGAGACCCAAGGGUACUCGUCUGUUCCACCAACUUGCCCUCAUCGUUCUCGCGACUUCCAGUAUUGCCUACUUCUCUAUGGCCUCUGACCUCGGUGCUACUCCAAUUGACGUCGAAUUCCGUGGAGAUGGUAGUGACCCGAGCCGUCAAAUCUGGUAUGUCCGGUACAUUCAAUGGUUCAUUACUUUCCCCGUUCUGCUCCUCGAGCUCCUGCUCGCGACCGGUCUUCCCCUCUCGGACGUCAUGACCACGCUGUUCAUGGGUGCCGUCGUUGUUGUUUGCGGCCUCGUUGGUGCUCUCGUCCACAGCACCUACAAAUGGGGUUACUAUGUCUUCGGCUGCUGCGCGCUCAUCUACAUUUGGUUCGUCCUCCUCUGGCAUGCGCCCUCGACGACCUUUGCCGCCGGUGGUGUUGUCCGCCGCGGAUACUACCUCGCUGCAGGCUACCUGUCGUUCAUGCUGAUCACCUACCCGAUCUGCUGGGCGUGCGCUGAGGGCGGCAAUGUCAUUUCCGUCGACUCUGAGAUGAUCUGGUACGGUAUCCUCGAUUGCCUCACUGUCCCCGGAUUCCUCGCCUUCUUCCUCUGGGAGUUGCGCGACGUCGACUACAACUCGUUUGGCCUCCAUUCAGGCAAAUUCGUCGACCACGGCGAGAAAGGCCCGAACCCCUCUGCCGCCCAGCAGGCCUAA